AUGGAACUGUCUAAUAAAGCUGCCUACCUCAUCAGUCCUAAUGGGCCCACCAUCGAAGUCAGAUCUGCACCUGUUCCAACACCUGGUCAAGGAGAGCUUCUUGUCAAAACACAUGCUGUCGCAAUAAACCCAGUCGAUGCAGUGAAGCAGUCCAUGGGCAACAUGAUGUUUGAAUGGCUCAAGUAUCCUCUUAUCCUCGGCUACGAUGUCGCUGGCGAGGUGAUCAAGACAGGACCUGGUGUUAGUCGAUUCAAAGAAGGCGACCGAGUUGUGGGUGUUACAGCAGGCAUGGACAAGCGAGGUAGAUGUCCCGACGAAGGCGCAUUCCAAGAACUCUGUAUCAUUCGAGAACACUUGGCUGCUAAAAUUCCAGACGGAAUCACGUUCACCGAUGCCAGUGUUUUGCCUCUCACUUUUGUUACGGCUGCAUGCGCUUUGUUCCAAAAGGAACAACUAGCACUACAGCCACCUCAAACCAAGGCAAAGCGCAGUUCAACAGGCCAGACAGUUUUGGUGUGGGGAGCGAGUACGAGUGUGGGCAGAAAUGCGGUACAACUUGCUGUUGCAGCUGGCUACGAUGUUAUCGCGACAGCAUCACCCAAGAAUUGGGAUAUUGUACGGGGUUUAGGCGUUUGUGCAGUCUUCGACUAUCGCAGCCCAUCGGUCAUUAACGACGUGAUCACUUCUUUCAAGGACAAGAGAUGUGCAGGGGCUGUGGCCAUUGGUCAAGGAUCACUGGCAAAAUGUGUCGAUAUCAUCAAAAGGAUCCCUGGAGCCACCAAGAACGUUGCUCAAGUCACCCUUUCCAUGCCCGAGUCACAGCCAACGACUAAGCUCUCCAUGAUUCCGUUUGUGGCAAAGUAUUUCUGGAUGGCGGGUACGGAUCGCCUUAAGGUGGUAACUAGUGGAGUCCAGAGCAAGUUUGUUUUCGGCACAGACAUAAUUGAAUGGGAUCCCGAGGGCAAGAUGGCUUCAUUCUUGACUGAAGGAUUGGAGCUUGGACAGUACAAGUUGAGUUCGGAAGCUCAAGUACUGGAGGGAGGUUUGAGCUCAAUUACUCAAGGGUUGGAUUUGGUUCGUGGAGACACCGGUGCAAAGCUCAAGCAGGACUUUAGGCGAAAGGGAAAACAAGCCGACAUCAUCUCCUUCACACUUCUCAUGAUGGCCAACUACGCUUCUCUUGGCACCACUUACUCAAGCUCUGUGUACAGCCUUCUCGCCAGGAUCAAUCAUCUUAGUGAGAUUGUGUGGCACAUGCCGUACGACUUCCCAGUUCUUGAUCGUGCCCAGCGCGAGAUGGGACUGGUAAUCUUGCCAUUCAACCUUCCCAGCAGAGAAUUCAUGCAUUUGUUGGAUGAAGACCUGUCAGAAGUAUCAUUCGAGAUGGAUGUUUUUCUUUCGCAUCUGUCGGAUGAGGAGAAUCCAGGAUUGAGAGAUUACCUAGUACAGAAGUUUGAAUCAGUCGAGUCUGCUUGUGACAGAAUCUACAUGGUUGUGUUGGAGCUGGACCCCGUGCGUCGAGAUGAGGCUCUGAAUGAGCUUGCGGAGGCACAUGAUUUUCAGAGUAUAUCUCUCGAGUCUCUAGUGCCCUGUGAGGAUCGGGUGUAUUACCUGUGGUGGAUGAUGUAA